UUGAGCAAAAUUCUCUCGCCAUUGCGGUUGGUUUUUAUUUAAUUUUUUCCGUAUUUUUAAGGUUGCUGUGCGUUAAUUUUGUUGUGAAAGAAACAACUGUGUGUGUCAGUGAAAAUUGUUUUUUUUUGUAAUAAAGAAAAAAUAUUAACAAAAAUAAAUGAAACGCAAUUAAACAAAGAAAAUUUAACGGGCAACAAUUAAAAUCUAUAAAUUAUAAACAAAAGCUGUUAAAGCUAACAACAACAUAAUUGUAAUGAAAAAUAUUUGCAAAAAGCGAAUGUGAGCAAAAAGAAAAUCCAUAAAACCAACAAAAUUAUUUUAUACGACGAAAAGUAUAAAAAAAUCCAUUGCAAUUGCAUAAAUAUAUUAUUUAUUUUUGAGUUUUUCAUUUUCCAUUGUGUCAGCCAGAGUGUGUUUGAGUGUAAAGUGUUAGAAAAAUAAAAAACGAAAAAAAAGCAAGAAAAAUUAAAUAGAUCCUACUGUAGAAAAGUGGUGGCCUUUACCUUAUUUUUUCUACUUGUGUUUGUUGUCUUGGCUGCAAUUGUUUUUUCUCCUUUUAGUUGUUACAUUUAGUGGCGCCAAAUAAAUAAUAAAUAGAUGUUAGACCCAAUUUUUCAAUUGGUUGGAUUAAUUUUUCUGAGUUAAGAGUUUUUGAAGUGAAUUUGACAGCAAACGUUUAAGAAAAGUAAUCUAAAAGAAAAGUGUAACUUUAGAAAAAAACAAAAACACAACCAGCAAAAUUCAGUUCGUUUUUAUUUAUCCUACAAAUACGAAAUUUAACAAAACGGAUACAUAUCGAACUAACCGAGAUCCCUCUCCUCCACCCGAUACGGAAUUUUUUGCUACCGCUUCCGCUAGUGACGACGAUUUCAAUCACAAACUCCAGCAAAACGGCUCCCUCUCGAAUCGCAAUUCGAAAUUUAAAUCUGCUAAAAGCAAAAUAGAAGCAGAUUCUAAGCUCGCAAACGAGUUUGUCACGAGUUCAUCAACAAAAUCACCAUCAACUACUACGUCACUAAUACCUCCAUUGCCUUCGUCCUCAAUUGAGGAUAUAGUACGUUUUAGUCCAGUUGCACCACCAUCGGCUUUAAAUAACUUUAGUAGCACUUUUAGCAACAACAACACGCAAAACAUGGCCAUGGUACGCAAAAAACAAGAUGAUAAAUAUCUGGAAGCCUUGCGUGAGCUAAUCACCACUGGCGGUGGUAAUCGCCAAUGUUUUGAUUGCGGCCAAAAGGGACCCACCUAUGUCAACAUGACAAUUGGUUCGUUCGUAUGUACUCGCUGUUCCGGAGUAUUACGCGGCAUAACACCACCACAUCGUGUUAAAUCCAUAUCGAUGGCCACAUUCACACAAGACGAAAUAGAUUUUCUUAAAGCACAUGGCAAUGAUGUCUGUGCCAAAACAUGGUUGGGACUGUGGGAUCCCAAGCGUGCUGUACAUCAGGAUCAACGUGAAUUGAUGAUUGACAAAUAUGAGCGUAAACGUUAUUACUUAGAGCCAGCUAGUCCCUUAAAAUCUUUAACAAAUGCCACAAAUCUUAAGACUACAACAUCAGCAGCCGCCGCCACAACAUCAGCAACAUCCUCAGCCUCAGUAACAGCGUCUUCAGCGAAUAGUACCCAAAAUAAUACUAAUAAUAAGACACACAUACAAUUAACACCACCAACAUCUCAACGUACUACAGCCAAUGGUCUGCAUAAGACCUCCUCAAGCGCCAUUAGUCGUCCUCAACAUACAACACCACCACAAUCCCAAAAUGGCUUUUCAAGUUCUCUGUCAAAUCAUAACACCGAUGCUUUCGGUUUACAUAAUGGUUUAAAUUCAUCGGUAGGUUCCAUGUCUACUGGCGCUCUUUCCGAUACUAGUAGUUGUGCUAGUGCCAAUGGCUUUGGAGCAGAGGCAGAUUUUGUAGCCGAUUUCGGUUCGGCUGAUAUAUUUAAUGCCACUGUAGCCAGUUCGCCAGCUUCAUCGGUCGGUUCAUCGACGACAAAUAAUAGUUAUGCCAAAAUACAACCCAUGAAAAUGUCGGCAGCUGCACAUCAACAGUUUAUGAAUGGUCAUAGUGGUGGUGGUGGCGGCAAUAAUGCCACUACAAACUUACAAAAUGGUAACCUCACUAAUGGAAAUACAGAGAAUUUUGCUGAUUUUGAUCAUGCACCUAUAUAUAAUGCUGCAGAAGAACCACCCAAUUAUCAGUUUGUAAGAAAAAAUGCCAUACGAAAAAAAUCGACUUCCAGCAUAUCCGGUUCAAUAAUACGACGAAAUGAACGACAAUUAAAGGAUAUACUGGAAAUGGAUAAUAACGAAAAUCCAGUAGACUAUAUCAACUUUAAUGAGGAUGAUGUCUUUGGUGAAACUGCGACAACAAAGACAACAACAACAACAACAAAUACCACCAAGUCAGGGGGUUAUAGCAACCUCUUUGAUGAUUUUGAUACGCUACUCUCACUGGACACUGCUGACAAUAGUCAGCAGACAAAUUUCAAAGAAUUUGAAAGUGAUUAUAUGAAUAUAGGUGGAGAACACUUGGCAAAUGGUAGUAGUAAAUUUACGCCUUUGGCUUUGGCAGCUCAUGCUACUGCCAUGGCGGUACUGGGUAAUCAAAGUCAUUUCAAUAGUCAACUUCAAACAGCAGAAGUGCCAGCAGCAGCAGCAGCAUCAAAACCUCCCUUUACAAACCAAUGGGAUGUAUGGUCUACAGCUAAGGAUACAACAAAGACAAGCACAACGGUGGCAACAACAGCACCAUGGUUUCCUAACAACAAUAAUUUAAUGCAAGUGCCACCUACACAACAGCAACAGCAAUAUCUUUAUGCUUCGAUAGGCAAUUAUAAUUCGGGGAAUUUACAACAGCAACUGCAACAUCCCCUACCAACACAACAACUACAACAAUACUAUCCCUCCAGCACAUUUUCAACACAAUCAUUAACACAAUCAUCAGCAACAAAAUUCGAAAAUGCCAAAACAUCAGCAACAACGUCAACAUCCAUAAUAACAACAACAACAACAACACCAACAACGAGUAUGUUAAAUAAAAAUUCAAUAAAUUCAACAAAUCCGUUUCGUAUGCAUCUUGAUGUAAAUGAUAAUUAUAAUACAAUUAAUUAUGAUAAUGAUAAUUAUUUAAACACAACAACAAACAACAUUACUCCAACAACAUCAACAACAACAACAACUAUCAAUACUGAUUUCAAUACAAAUUUCAAUGAUUUUAAUUUUGUUUCAAAUUCAAUUUUAUCCUAUAAUUUUGAUAUAUUUUCAACUACAACAACAACAACAGCAACAUCAUUAAUUUCUUCCUCUUGCAUUAACACAAUGACUACAACAGCAACAACAACAACAACCGAACCAAUUCAAAAUGAUCAUAAUAACUAUCAUUACAACUACAAAAACUAUAAUAAUUAUAAUCAAAAUUCCAAAAUUUUCCACCCAAAUGAUCAUGAAAUUAAUAAUAAUAAUAAUGAUGAUAAUGAUAAUGUGAAUAUAAAUAAAAUUACAAAAAAUCCUUUUUUAAUUCCACAAAACUCGAAUUCAAAUUUAACAACUGAACUAGUAUCAAAUGCACCUAAAUUUUCCAUUUAUCAAUCACCCACUUCUUCAACUAUUACUUUCAAUUCGUCCGCAACCUCCUCUACUUCUGUGUCUUUACAAAACAAUCCUUUUUAUUCUACUGCUCCAUCUGAAUCUAUCAUAAUUCGUAAUUUACCUCACAGUGUUGUUGAUGAUGAUAAUGCAAAUCUAAAUAUUCAAAACAAUAAUAAUUACUAUAAAACUGAAAACAACAACAACAAUUAUUAUUAUUCCUUUGGUUGUAAAGAUGUUGCCAACCACAACAACAAUAACAAUAACAAUUCUUGUCCUAGUACAAAUCAUAAUAAUUAUUUCCAAACAAAUUUAAAUUCAAAUUGCAACUUUAAUACGUAUUCGUUUAAAACAAAUACAAAUCUAAAUGCAAAUCAGAAUCCAAAUAAUUAUCAGAAUGAAAAUGAAAAUAACAAUAAUAAUAAUAAUAGUUGGCGUCUUCCAAUUAAUAAUAACAAUAAUAAAAAUUCCACCACAAAUGGUUUUAAUAAUAACAUCAACAACAACAACAAUAUAAAUAAUAACAAUAAUUCCUCAGCACCCGCAGAAGAUCGUUAUGCAGCCUUAAAAGAUUUGGAUGAACAAUUAAGAGAAAGUAAAGCUGUGGCUGCCCAGGCCGCCUCAAUAGUAACAGCAAAUGUGGUUGAUUCUGGUUUUGGAAAUCCCAAUGUUAACGGCACCGUAAAUCCUUUUGCUACACAUCAUCAUCAGCAACAGACAGCUGUUGUCAAUCCUUUUCAAAAUGUUGCCAACAAUCCAACGCAAAAUACAACACAACAGUUGUUUGGUCAAAUGACUUUAAUACCAAAUGGAAUAGCUGCGGCAAAUGGUUUUUUAAAUGCUCAAAAAACUCAUACUGCCAAUACGGGAUUCUUUAAUUAUACGGCAAGUGGAUUUACAAAUGCCAAUACACCACAAAUACAACAUCAACAGCAACAACAACAACAGCAUCAGGCAUCCAUUUUGUAUCCAACAUCAAUACAAACAGGACCAAAUGGUUGUGGCUUUGGUUUCGGUACACUACAACAGCAAAUCGCCUCAACUGGCACGGGUCUAACAACAAAUACUUUUAAUAAUCCUUUUGCUGCUACCGGAGCUCUUAACUCAAACAAUCCAUUUUUAUGAGAUUUAAGAAGCCUUAAAUUUAACAACGAUCCUUUAAUCAACUAUGAAAUGCUUAGACACAACUAAACAUUUUGAAUAGUACAGCAGAAAGCAACAACAACAACAAAACCAAAACUUGCUUCAAUAAGUUUAUAAAGGAUCCAUCUAAACAAACUGUGGUUUAUUUUUAAAAAUAUAAAAAUAUUUUUCUAACAUUAACAAAACAAAAUACAGGCUGCAUUAAUUUUUUUUAAUAAAAAAAUCUCAAGCCUUAUCUAAAAAAUAAUGAAAAACCGAAAAAAACUUAGUCCAUUUUAUGAACAAUAGUUAUAAAUAAUUAUAAAUAUUCUUAAAUAUAGUAAAAACAACAAAUCUUUCUUAAUAUAUGAAAAAAAAAACAAAUAUUAACUAAAUUAAAUAACUUACAAAAUAUAAAAAAAAAUCUAAAAAAAGAAACUUCACAUUUUCCUUUAAAAACAAAAUCAAAAACAAAUACUAAACAAAAAUUUAUUAUUAUUAUAAUAUACAUCUAUUUUUACUUUAAGAUAAACGAAAAACAGAACAAUUAAUUAAAUUGAAAACUUAACAAAUUCUAUAAAACAAAAAUCAAAAAACAAACCAAACUAAUAGUAAAACAAAUUGAUAAUAAUUAAACAAAAAUAUAUGAUUAAUAAAACAAAUGCUUUUAGAAUAAAACAAAAAUUAUUACAAUAAUAACAAAAUUAUAAAGAAAUUAACAACAAAAUUAGUUAUUAAUUAAAUCUUGAUAAAAAUUAAAUGCUAAAUCUAAAUCAAAAGUCCAUUUAAAACGAAAAACGAAUAUAAAUUAUAAAUUGUUGAAAUAUAUGUAAAUUAUACGUUUGCUCCCACUACAUAUUAAACAGAACGUAUCUACAGUAAAUAUUUUUUAAUUUUCGAAUCAUUUAAACAAAUUUUUAUUUAUGCAAAAAAAAAACAGGGGUGGAAAAUUGAAAUUUUGAAAUAGUACUAAGUUGUAACCAAAA